AUGCCGUACGUAACGCCUGAUUCCAUCGAUUACUCCUCUUUUUCACAGGGUCACUUAGCCAUAGCACAGUAUGAAGCAAGACACCCAGAAAAGUCAGUGACAGUGAUCACACAGAAUGUGGAUGGACUACAUGCUAGAGCGGGAACAAAGACCUUACUGGAACUCCAUGGCAGCUUGUACAAGACUCGGUGUACCAAGUGCAAGGAAGUGUUGGUCAACACUGACAGCCCAAUUUGUAAGGCUUUAGAAAACCGAGGAGCACCUGAAGUAAAUCAAGUAGGGUCUGACAUCCCAGUAAGAGACCUGCCCCACUGUAAGAAACCGGAGUGCAAAGGACUGCUUCGGCCCCACAUUGUGUGGUUUGGGGAAAAUCUAGAACCCGCUGUACUUGAGAAGACAGAAUCAGCAAUGGCGUCCUGUGACGUGUGCCUAGUAGUAGGCACAUCGUCUGUAGUGUACCCGGCGGCGAUGUUCGCGCCGGCCGCGGCGGCGCGCGGCGCCACGGUGGCAGAAUUCAACCUGGAGCCGACACCUGCUACUCACGCCUUUAGCUACUACUUCCAGGGACCGUGUGGGGAGACGCUACCUACAGCUUUGGCUGAUUAACGACCUUACAACUUUGUCUAACAAAAGUAUAUGCUAAAAUGAUAGCCAAGGGCCAAGGAUAAACGACACAGUAUAUAGUGUUUGGAUCAAGACUGAUACAAUGAAGUGCUUCAGUCAGGAACGAUGAAUAAUUCCCAUUUGUGCCUGGGGCAGGCACAGAUGAGAUUACACCAUUAUAUAGGUCGAUUCACGAAAGCUGGCAUGAAUGGAAUGAACGAAAUUUGUGUAAGUGACACCUGGCAGGCAAUUAUGGUCACGCGAUAAAUGAUAAAACAUCUGUUUGCCAGAUAUUUUAUCAUCUAUCGCGCGACCAUAAUUGGGCAUUUUCGCGAGAAGAAUCACCAAAAAUAUAUUUUCUAA